AUGGCGCUUUCGCAGCGCCCGGCUUCGCGCUUUUUCGCGGCCUUCUACAGAUGGAAUCAACAUACUCAACGGUCAAGACCAUGCGCUGUUGUUCCUCAAUACGCUCGCCGCGAGACACAUCCCCGCAACGGCAUCUGCGCCCCACGAUACUAUAAUACGACUCGUCUGCUGCAACAACAACAACAAAGUCAAUCCCCACCACAAUCGCGUGAAGAAGACGCAACAGAGCUUGGUGAUCAUGCUUCGUAUUUGUCAGGAAGGGGAGGAGAACGAAUACUUCGGCCAGCAGAGAGCAUACGGGAGGAGAUAGCGGACGCGCAGGAAACCAUAGAAGAGCAGGAUGCCUCCUUCGAACUCUCCGAGUCGGAGUUGCAGCAAGAACAACUUAAGAAUUCAGUACGUGGACUGAUGCGUCAUGUUCCGAGCUCGGUCGCAGUUCUCACCGUUGCGAGUAUCGACCCUGAUACCCAGAAACACGUACCCAUGGGCGUCGCCGUUUCCUCACUCAGCACUGUUUCCCUGGAUCCGCCUACUAUUUCCUUCAACAUCAGAGAGCCCUCCAAAACCUUGGACGCCAUACGGGCAGCUGAUGGCCUCUUUCGCGUUCAUUUUCCCGCUGCCGACAGAGGCGGCGCGAAGCUUGUGGAUCUGUUUUGCCGAGGAAACCAUCCGGAUGCUUACAAUCUGCGAUCUAAGGAGCUUAGACUGCAUCAGCCCAGAGAUAGAAAAGAUCCUAGUAAUCCGCCUUCUCUCGCCCCGCAGGUGUUGGGGGAGUAUGUACGGGCUGCGAUGGAAUGCAAGGUCACACAUGAAUUUCCCGUCGCAGAUCAUGUCAUUCUGGUCGCGAGGGUCAAUAGCUUAGAGCAGAAGACUUCCAAGGACCCGACAAUCAUGUACAUCAACGGGGGAUACCGUAGUCCAAGAGGUGAAAACAUCUGGACCCCUACAAGACCUAAAUCAUCUGCAACAAGCGAAGAGAUUGAGUCAGUGUGGAACUAUCCUUUGUUCCCAGGAGAGAAAGAAAGACUCCAUUAUAUGGAGCAAAUCAAGGCUAUGAUCAAGGGAAACCCCGCUUAUUACGAGAACCCAUCUAGAGAGACUUAUAGGAACAUCGACAGUAACUUACCGUAUGCCACUGCAAACUUCGGGAUUAACCUAGAGCUUCUGGUUGCAGAGUGCCGGCAAGAGAUGGGUCUCCCCAAGCAAUUACGGUCCGGAGUUGAGGGUCAGCAGGUCUUGAGUGACUUCUAUGGGUUGUUAACGCCGUCGAUGAGGGAUCAAAUUGUUGAUCGAGCGAAGAAGCUGGUCGCACUGGAUGCGCGUUUCCUGUCCCAGCCUUAUCGAGCCUUCUUACACAACUUGGGCGUUAAUCCCAAUAGCAGAGACUUCCUACCAAGCGACAUUAUGAAGUCUCUGCGAGCAGCAAACCUAGCACCGCCUUUCGAACACCGACGAGGACAUGUGAAUAGUGGGACGGAAGACAUCAUAAAAGUUGAACAAAUUGAGUACCACCUGCGAGAACACCUUCGAAUGAUGAAGUACGAGGUUGCGUUGAGGAAACCAUUCGAAGAGGCUAUGGCAGCCAUCGGCGAACCAAAAGCGGCGGCCUUACAUUUCAAGAAAGCACGGGCACGAUUACUUACCCAGAGCCACCCCGCAUCAUUCGAUGCUUCAGCCAUAGAUAUUGCUGGAGAAGUGACACAAGAAGAACUUCGUGUAGUCUUGUGCCGUCUUAUCAACCGCCUACAAAUCAGCUCUCAAACAGGCUUUCGAAAUAACAUUUCACGGGACUGGCGAGAAUUGUUGCGUCGAGUCGGCGUGAAUCCUACUAUCACGGGUAUGAAUGUAGAUUUUCUGAUGGGCAAGAUGAAGCAUUUGUACCAUUCGACAAGGACAUUCCAACACUUUCUUCGCGCCAUUGAGGAGAUGCUGAGGCCCUGGUUUGUUUGGAACGUUAGCUGGGACGAUCUUGAGCAGCGCGUCAAGCAUUUCGUCCAGAGCACUCCGCUGCAGGCUACGGCUUGGUCAGGCAAGGACAGGCUUGCUGCUAUGGGCCUGCACUGGGAUGCUACUGUUACGCUACCAAGCAAUAACCCAUCUAAGCAGGCGAGUGAGCAACCGCUUGGUCGAGGGGUUAUUCUGGACACGCUUGUCGCAAAGGAGUUGAAGAAUUACUACGGUAGUGGCACCGAGGAAGAGAACCAGGCCAUCGCCAAGUACCUAAAGGAGACGUACAGCUUUGACGUCACACAUAAACCGAUACAGUACACUCCCGCAGCGUCUGCAUCUCAAUCAUCAGGUGACGAGAUGCAACAAGCUAUGAUGGCAACUCUGAAUACUUCUCAAGAAGAAGCCUGGUUUGAGCAGGGUACACCCGAGCGACCGAUUCAUACGCAAGGCGGCGAAACCCCUUCUCGUAAGGCAGAUGGGUCGUCGAAAAUUCGGCGGAUGGGAGUAGACUCAGGUCCAAGGAUCGUGCGAACUGAGCCCAAGACGGGCAACCGUGUCAAACAUGGGAGUAACAAAAAGCAAGGCGAGGAACGUUGGGGCACGUAUUCCUUUAUCGAGGGAGGGAAUUCGUAA